AACGGUCGUUUGAUUUGGUGUACCUUGUACGCCUGUUGUGAAUAUUGUAAGGCCUGUGGAUCAAUUGAACAAAUCAUAGCCCACAGUUGCACCUUACUUUUGUGGUGCCAUUAUCCGUCUAGACUGUUGAAAAACCCAUAAUUAUUUUUAUUUUUUUUUUAAGUAAUAUAAUACAAUUUUUAAUCGUUACGUUUGGUCCGUCAUCGUCAUCACCAUUGUUGGUUUUAUUUCAUUUCCUUUAUUUUCCCUUAGUUUUACUCGCAAAGCGUUGAAGAUAUUAAUUUUAGAAUGUCUCAAUUCGCGUUUGUCAAUGAUCUUAAAAGCGCCGUCAGGAUGGACGAACCAAUAACUAAUGGUCCAGCUCCGCGCUGGAUGAAAAAAAGUGUUGAAUCGACUUCAAGCUCAUCCAACACUUCUAGAAACAAAAUAUCGACUUCGGGUUCAUUCAGUGGACACAUGAAACUUUCUAAAGAAACUAUUGACUUGAUGGCUGCUAAAAGAACACCAUCAAAAACACCUAAAAAAUCAAAAUCACCAGCUUCAAGAUCAGCAUCUAAUACACCAGCUAAACCAAAAACCCCCGGUGGUGAUAGAUUCAUUCCUUCCAGAAUGUCUACAAAUUUUGACAUGAGUCAUUUUAAAAUGAAUCAAGAAAAUGAAAACUUAGACUUGAGUCCAACUCAAGCGGAUUAUAGAAAAGCCAUGUCUGAAAAUCUCCAUGGUUGUGACAUUAAUAAUGUCAGAGUUUUAUCCUAUCAGAACAAAGCACCAGCUCCUCCAGAGGGUUAUCAAAAUGCUUUGAAAGUAGUUUAUAGCCAAUCUAAGACUCCCAUGAAUGUACGUGGAAAUACUCGUUACAUACCACAUGCACCAGACCGUAUAUUGGAUGCUCCUGAAAUUGUUGACGACUAUUAUUUAAAUUUAAUUGACUGGAGUUUUUCCAACAUAUUGGCUGUCGCCCUGGGUACAAGUGUUUAUCUAUGGAAUGCUGACACAGGUGCAAUUGAUCAGUUGUUGGAUUUAGAAGGUGCUGAUUAUAUUACAUCUUUGAGCUGGAUACCUAAUGGACACUUAUUAGCAGUUGGAACUUCCCUAGGACCUGUCCAACUAUGGGAUGUGUCACAGACAAAGCGGCUACGUAUAAUGAACAGUCAUAGUUCAAGAGUAGGUGCCAUGUCAUGGAACAAUCAUAUAUUAACCACAGGUUCUAGAAAUGGACAACUUGUUCACAAUGAUGUCAGACAUAGAGAACACAUUAUUACUAUAAUUCAAUCCCAUACACAAGAAGUUUGUGGUUUGAAAUGGUCAACUGACGGUCGUUACCUAGCCAGUGGUGGCAAUGAUAAUCUGCUAAAUGUGUAUAGUGGCUUACCCGGUCAAACAACUUACCAUUCUGAACCCAUAUAUAGUUUUAGUCAACAUCAAGCAGCGGUCAAAGCUUUAGAUUGGUGCCCAUGGCAAACUAAUGUAUUGGCCAGUGGUGGUGGUACAGCUGACAGGACUAUUAGAUUUUGGAAUUGUAAUAAUGGUCAGUGUAUUAAUUCUGUCAAUGCCAACUCACAAGUAUGCGCUAUUCUGUGGUCUAAAACAUACAGGGAAUUGGUAUCAGCACAUGGGUUUGCAAACAAUCAGCUUACCAUAUGGAAGUACCCAUCACUGACAAAGGUUGCUGAGCUAACUGGACACACCAAUCGUAUUCUUAACUUAGCCAUGUCACCAGAUGGUUCUACAGUACUCUCAGCUGGAGCUGAUGAGACCUUAAGAAUGUGGAAGUGCUUCUUGCCAGAUCCAAACAAGAAGAAAGAGAAAGAGAAGCGAUCUUCUAGACCCACUUUGCUGGGUCCGGGCUUAAGAUAAUUAGUGAGCAUUUGUUUUUCAAUAUUUGUUUGUCAAUUAGAUUUGUAUACAAUA